AGUCUGUUUGAGAAGUCUGCAGGUGCAGAGAGUGCUGUUAGCGCUUUGUGGUUGAUGGUUUAGCGUCCAUUUCUACCGAGGUGACAAGGCAUCCAGGCCCGUGAGUGCACGGAGAAAGAGGCUCUCGUAAUGUCCGCUCCUGAUGGCUUUUCAAUGUCAUUGCAGGUGGCCGUAAAGCAACUUAAUCUCCAGCGCCAGGGCUGCGAGGAUGUGUUGAAGGAAAUCCUGGUCAUGAAGGAAUAUAAGAACCCCAAUAUUGUCACCUACCUAGAAAGCUACCUUGUCAGUGAGGAUGUCCUGGUGGUGUUGGAGUAUAUGGAUGGAGGCUCCUUAGCUGAUGUGGUCAGCAUGAAAAGGAUGGCUGUAGGACACAUAGCAACAGUGUGUCGGGAGUGCCUGCAAGGCCUGGCUUUCCUUCAUGCCAACCAGGUGAUCCACAGAGACAUCAAAAGUAACAACAUCCUUCUGGGCCGGGAUGGCUCCGUGAAGCUGGGUGAUUUUGGCCUCUGUGCUCCGCUCAGCCGUGAGCAGAGUAAACGGAGGUCGAUGGUCGGGACCACUCGCUGGAUGGCACCCGAGGUGGUGAGAAGAGAGCCAUACGGCCCCAAAGUGGACAUCUGGUCCCUUGGCAUCGUGGGAAUAGAAAUGGCCAAAGGAGAGGCUCCUUAUAUUCGGGAAACCCCUUAA